ACUUUAUAAAAUACGAUUUAUGUAAUUUUAGAAUAUAAUUUGAAAUUAACAUUUAGCCAAGAGCAAAGACAUGUGUAAUUGUGUAUGUCUAACUUCAUGUGCACAGUUUAUAACGUUCAUCGUUAUGUGUUAACGGGAAAUCGUAAAGACGUCUUGAUAUACGCAAUUAAACUAAUUUUGCUGGUCCUAUAUACUGCCUAAAUCACACGCAUAACGAUUGAAUAUGGCACAUAUGCAGGAAGAACCAAGACGAAGUCAGAGCGCCGUCGAAUUCAACCCCGUGUCAUUAUAUCAAGCUGGGCAAGACAUUGUACAAGAUAUAGCACAAAAAGCACAAGAAAUAUUCCAAGCAUUAAAGUUAAGCCAACUACCGAAUGGGAUAGCCACCGGUCAGCGAAAUGCACAAGAACGUAUCAACAAGUUGAAAGAUUUAUUGAACAAAGUUGAAGUUCUGUUCAAACAACUUCGUGUUAUUUACAAUGAGUGCCAGAAGAGAGUUGGAGACGUGGAACCAAAUGUUAACACACUCGUGCCUAUUUUAAAAGAAGGGGAGAUUCCCAACACUGAGCAUGAACAGGCGUUGAAAUCUCACAAAGAAUUGGUAAAUAUAAAAAUUCUGUAUUUUAAAAAAAUAACGUUUUUUCAAACAAACUAUUGUUUUUUCACAAAAUUUAACAACAAUAUUGAAGAUAAAAAAGUAGUUUUUAAUGUUUUGGUUUGUAAAACUUUUCUUAAGUAACGACAGUAAUUCUACUUUUAUUUAAAGAUGCAAUAUACUGAUUACAACUAAUGAUAACAUUAUGUACAGGUUUUGCAAAGUAGAAAGAAAGACUUGGAAAUGAAACUUUGUAUGAAGAACAAACAACUUGAAACACUUGUUGCGCAAAUGACGGACUUUGUUUGGGAUAUUAAUGCGGCUCUGGCUAGCCCUUAUGGGUCGUGAAUAAUAGAUUUAAAGCCUGAUUGUCCGUGUGAUGGUAAAAAAUUGAAAGCUGGGGCAAUGGAAAGUGGAGAAGCACAAGUUUUAUAUAUGUUGUUGCUGCCAGGCGUAUUGCAAGUCAGAAAGAGAUCUUUGGCAAUUUUUGUAUUUUAAAAUGAUAAUUAAUUUUUGUAAUUUAAAAUCUUUUUAUAGUUCAACACUUUUUAAAACUUAAAAUUAUAAUUAUAACAAUUGCCAUAAGAUCCCUUUUAAACUAAAUAUUAGUUAAAAUAAAGCCUGUUUUUGUAUUGUUUGUGUGAUAUAAAAGAAUUGGUUAUU